AUGCGCAACAUAUUCUGUAACAAUAAAUUUCGGGGAUCAAGCUCUGCUAAGCUUGUAUUAUAUGCAAGGUACGGCAAUAUCGGUUGUCAGCAGCCAUCAGAAUUGGUUCCGCUCUGUAUACCGGUAGCGAUCCGGCGUAAAACCAACCGGUCAGGUGCAGCCGUAACAAAGAACAACCAGGGUUCUUGA